AUGAAAGCAUUCGAGGAAACAUCUCAACUUGGUGCAGAAUGGUUCUCUGUCGGCCUCGCUUCAUCGUUUCCCGACCUGGGACUCGACGAUGAUAACUUGGCGAAAUAUAGAACAUGUGGUGGGGAUGCCAAACCAGGAUGCAAAGUUUUCCAAGUGCCCAGAGAAGAUAGCCUUCAAAGCGCAGAGGUCACCAUUAGAGAAGAUGGUACCCUCCAACGAUCGGAUUUGAAGGGGCUUAAAGAUCAGGUUCUGGUGUUUCGAUACAAAGGAAAGUUUCACGCGGUUGAUCAUAUAUGCCCCCAUUCCUCAUACCCCCUCUCGCAAGGCACCCCCUUUGAUAUUGAGGAUUUUGGAGUCAUUUUAAGCGCUGGACUGACCUGUCCAAAACAUGGAUGGUCGUUCGAUAUAUUUACUGGAACAGCGGACCGUGGGAACUACCAACUUGAUAUAUGGGAAACACAAUUGCGCGAAACCAAAAGCGUAGAUCCGCGGCAGACAGAAGUUGACAAUAGUAAAGUAUUAGAUAUCGCUGAUAAAGAAGUAUGGGUUAGGAGGAGACAACAAGGGAGGUAG